UGGCUUAAUGGUUGCCAAUGCCGUCGCGGACUCUCGCCGCUGAAAUCAGUCAAGAUUCGGGACUUGCCUAAAGUCUACCAAACAGCAGAUAAGACAACAAAUUAACAGAAAAAUUUACACCAUCUUCCUCACUUGCACUUCUCGAACCUUGUUGGGUCGACUAACACAUACGAAACAGAUCAAUUGCAGCCCGAUCUCUGUAGAUUCAACAGAUCGGAUUUCGGGGGAGUGUUGUCGCAUCAAAUGUGCGACACAAGGCGGCAUGAACUUAUGAACCUGAUGUGAAAUGCAGCCAAAUCUGUUUCCAUUUGGCAGUGUUCUCGGAAACCCUUUGGCGUUCGAGGGUGAUUUGAGCGAAGGAUUCGAGACUUCCAGGUUUCUGUUCUUUGUUCCGUUUUUUCUGCUGCAAGGAGGUGGAAUGGACUUGUCCAAGGUUGGGGAGAAGAUUUUGAGCUCGGUGAGGUCGGCUAGAUCGCUUGGACUUCUUCAUACCACUUCGGAUCGUCCGGAGGUUCCGGCACGUGCUGUGGCUGCGGCAGCUGUUGCUCGUGCACUUGCAGUAUUGCCUCCUCACCAGAGAUUUGGUCUCUCAUCUAGCUCGGAAGAACUGAGCUCAAUAUAUGGCAGUAGAAUUCAUGGUCAAGAAGUAGAGGACCUAGAGGAUGUUUUCUAUGAAGAGGACUUUGAUCCGGUUAGGCAUAUAUUAGAGCAUGUUCCCUCAGAAGAAAGUGAUCUGGAAUAUUUGGAGAAACAGGCUACCAAGAGAUUGGCUCAACUUGAUAAAGUGGCUGAACGUUUGUCUCGCCAUUUGAUGGAGCAUCAUGAAGUGAUGGUGAAGGGGAUGCAUUUGUUCAGGGAGUUGGAAAAAGACUUGAAAAUUGCGAACGUCAUCUGCAGAAAUGGGAAGAGACACCUAAAUUCGUCAAUGCUUGCAGUCUCUAGAGAUCUCAUAGUAAACUCUAACUCCAAGAAGAAACAAGCACUUCUGGAUAUGCUUCCAAUUUUGAGUGAGCUUCGUCAUGCUGUGGACAUGCAAUCGAUGCUCGAGAUCCUUGUUGAAGAGGGAAAUUAUUCCAAGGCUUUUCAGGUCUUAUCUGAGUAUUUGCAGCUAUUGGAUAGUUUUUCAGAGCUUUCAGUAAUUCGAGAGAUGAGCUGUGGCAUUGAGACUUGGCUUGGAAGAACGCUACAAAAGUUGGAUUCACUUUUGAUAGAAGUCUGUCAGGAGUUCAAGAAAGAGGCUUAUUUAACCGUGGUUGAUGCCUAUGCGCUAAUAGGAGAUGUCUCUGGCCUUGCUGAAAAGAUACAAAGCUUUUUUAUGCAGGAAGUUAUAUCAGAAACCCAUUCUUCCUUGAAAGGCAUUGUGCAAGAGGAUCAGGAUGUACAUAUACAAAAUAGUAGGCUUACAUACAGCGAUCUAUGCUUUCAGAUUCCUGAAUCAAAGUUUAGGCUGUGUUUACUAAAAACACUAGCUGUCUUAUUUACCUUGGUGUGCUCAUAUUAUCAGAUCUUUAGCUUCCAACUGGAUACCAAGGACUCAAUUGACCAAACUCCUAACAUGAAGCAACAAGAAGAUAAUUCUGACAUUAAUUUAGGAGAUACACCUGAGUCAACGAUCAAUGUCUCUUCAAUGGGGACUGCAGCGGAUACGAAUUUUGUUUACAUGGAUCGGAGUGAUCUCAAUAGAGGGUCCCCGACAGAUAGCAGCACAGCAUCAACCAGUGGUUCUCCCUGGUACCAUCUGAGAAAAGAUGCUAUAAAUUUUGUUUCCCAAACCCUACAAAGAAGCCGUAAGAACCUUUGGCAACUAUCUACUAGCCGUGUCUCAGUACUGCUUUCUUCUGCUGCUGUUUGUUCAACGAGCAUUCAUCAAUUCUUGAAAAACUACGAAGAUCUCAACGUCUUCAUAUUGGCUGGAGAAGCCUUCUGUGGAGUUGAAGCAGUUGAAUUUAGGCAAAAGUUGAAGAUUGUUUGUGAAAACUAUUAUGUGGCUUUCCAUAAGCAGAGUAUGCACGCUCUAAAGAUGGUUAUGGAAAAAGAGAAUUGGCUUACACUGCCACCAGAUACAGUUCAAGUUGUUAGUUUUCCUGGACUGGUUGGUGAUGGAGCACCUUUAUUUGUUCACUCUGAUGGUAACUCAUCUAAGGGCAAGGUCCCACGUUCAGACAAAACAACAAGUUCAGUCAGUACAGGCAUGGAUAGAAGUGGUUUUUUGCGGUGGCUCAAAAAUGGAAAUCCAUUUUUACUUAAACAAAUGCAUACAUGUAAGGAAGGCAUACCAAAUGGUGCCCUUUAUGGAGAACUGGAUGGAAGUGCAGGUGAAGGUUUUCAUAGGAGUAAUUCCUCUCCAAUGAAGUAUACGGACAAACUUUCAAAUGGUGCUAAUACUGUUUCUGAAGAUGAAAAUGAAGAUCUUUUAGCCGACUUUAUUGAUGAAGAUAGUCAACUCCCAAGCAGAAUUUUGAAACCCAGACUUUCACUAAACCACUCUUCUAACCAUAAUAAUGAUGAAAUUACAGCACAAACAGGAUCAUCUCUAUGCCUUUUAAGGUCCAUGGACAAGUAUGCAACGCUUAUGCAGAAACUAGAGAUAGUGAAUGUUGAGUUUUUCAAGGGAAUGUGCCAGUUGUUUGAAGUGUUCUUCUAUUUUGUAUACGAGACUUUUGGCCAGCUUAACACUACUUCUGGUGGAAAAGGGUUCCCGGACUCUCUCAAUUAUAAGUUGAAGACAGCUUUGUCACGAGCUGCGCAGGAUUGUGAUCAGUGGAUAAGACCCCAUUCGUCUUCCCCAUCAGCUUCAAAUUCGACGUUUGCUUUCAAUGAAGUUACCCCAAGCCCUCCUGGCAAUAGCUUAGGUUACUUUCAUGGAACAUCUCUUGGUCUCAAGGAAAGGUGUGCAGGUGCUGACUCAUUAUCCCUUGUGGCAAGAAUAAUGCAUAGGUCUAAAGCUCAUAUUCAGUCCAUGCUCCUGCAAACUAACGUGGCCGUAAUUGAAGACUUUUACGUAUAUCUGUUGGAUGCCGUUCCAUAUCUCAUUGAGCAUAUUCAUAAGAACACUGCAAGACUGCUUCUUCAUGUCAAUGGUUAUGUUGACCGGAUAGCCAAUGCAAAAUGGGAAGUAAAAGAGCUUGGACUGGAGCAUAAUGGGUACGUCGACUUGUUAUUGGGAGAAUUCAAGCAUUAUAAAACAAGGCUGGCUCAUAGCGGAGUUCGCAAGGAGGUUCAAGACCUCCUCUUGGAGUAUGGUUUGGAUAUUGUUGCAGAAACACUUAUUGAAGGUAUAUCACGAAUAAAGCGAUGUUCCGAUGAAGGACGCGCUCUGAUGUCAUUGGAUCUUCAGGUUUUAAUCAAUGGCUUGCAACAUUUUGUUUCUGCGAAUGUGAAGCCUAAGUUACAAAUGGUUGAGACUUUCAUUAAGGCGUACUACCUUCCAGAAACCGAAUACGUACACUGGACACGAGCUCACCCGGAAUACAGUAAGAGCCAAGUUAUUGGUUUGGUUAACCUCGUUGCAUCAAUGAAAGGGUGGAAGAGAAAAACCCGGUUGGAAAUACUGGAAAAGAUCGAGUGAGCCAAUCGUAAUGGACGAACAGAGCAUUUGAAUCACCCCACUGGAGUUCAUUAUAGGAAGGUUUAAUGUAUGUGAAAAUAUGAUUAUAAGGUUAAAGUUUGUAUAGUUCUUAACAUCUCAUUUAAAUAUCAUUAUUCUUAAAGGCUUAAAGUUUAAUUCUGCAGACAUGAAAUACAUGAGCUGUUUAUGGUAGCAAUGAUAUUUGGUGGAAUACAACAUUUGAUUUGUAGCC